AUGUCCAGAGUGACUACUUCCACCAUGAUUUACAACACUGACACUGGGAUGAUGUUCGACCCGUCACGUGUCAGUGCUAGGAGCGUCCAGGAGCAUGCCAGCGGCAGCCAGCUGGCGAGAGAUGACGACUCGGAAGAUAUGAUGGUCGAUCUAAGCACCGGCUCGUUCAUCCCGGUGAAUUUGCGGAGCUGGACGGUUCUGAUGGAGGUGACGGAUAAAUUGGGUAAGCUGUGA